CUCCCCACUAACUGAAUGUCCCGGUUCUUCUCUGCAGCUUUUCAGCAACAGUCUGAGGUGAAAGCUUCCACUGCACCACAAGUAACCCGAGAAGACCUCUGCCACCAGAUUAAGAAUUUCUUCCAAACCCCAAACACUCAGGAAUUUGGGCUGCAGGGCAGGGAGUGGUUUGCAGGCAACUGUGAUCGGAAGACGGCUGAGGCAGCACUAAUCUGUGUCAACAAGGAUGGCGCAUUCUUGCUGCGCAACAGUUCAGGCCAAGAGACAAAGCAGCCAUACACCCUGGCAGUUCUGUUUCAAAAGAAGGUCUAUAACAUCCCAGUGCGUUACCUGGAAUACAGCCAACAGUACGCACUGGGCAAGGAAGGCAAGAAGAACGAAGAGUAUUUCAGCAAGGUUACAGACAUCAUUGACUACCACAGUAGAAACCCUAUCAUGCUGAUCGACAGUAAGACCAAUGCAAAAAACAGUGUGUGCCUCACACAUCCCACCAUCGUCUGAUCCUUACCUCAAGAGAGUCGGCGGGUCAGCGGGACAUCUGAGCUGAAGGCCACCCUGCAGAGGCACUUGAAAGCAAAAUCAGGCAAACCGGAAGCCACCACAUUUACUUUAUUCGGGGAGGUGCUCCUCGUCACAGAAAGGGGCAGAAAUAGGAGAAUAUAAAUGUGUGUGCCUCCUUUAGCCUGAAUAUAUCCAAAGCUCGCCUGCUUGAGGAUAACAGUUCAAAGCAGACUUUCAUCUGUAGCACUUACGACUAUAACAGCUUGGCGAGCUCUUUCAUCUUAGGCCUAUAGGAUGAUAUGACGAAAAAACAUUUUUCUGUAAUAAAUAGUCCUCAGAAUGUGUAUAGUCUGGUUUUAUGUCUGGAAUAAAAAUUUAAAGAU